AAAAGACCUCAGUCUGCUGAGAGGCUCAGAGGCAGGAACCAUGUCUGUUGUUCUCCUAGUCGUUGGUGUUGUCAUAGGAGUUGCUUAUAUUUACCAUCACAUUGUGGUGAAGGGAGAGAGAUGUACAAGCCAAGCAAAACUUCAUGGAAAAACUGUGAUUGUCACUGGCAGCAACACCGGCAUAGGGAAGACUACAGCCAUAGAUCUCGCUCGGAGAGGAGCUCGAGUGAUUCUGGCCUGCCGCUGUAAACAAAGAGGAGAGGCUGCUCUUGAGGAGAUCAAAAGGGAGAGUGGCAGUAACCAGGUGGUAUUCAUGCAGCUGGAUCUGGGGAGUCUGAAGUCUGUUCGGACUUUUGCAGAGACUUUUCUAAAGUCUGAACCUAGACUGGACAUGCUAAUCAAUAAUGCAGGUAUCUGUCUGCAGGGUCAAACUGACGACGGGUUUGGACUAAUGUUUGGAGUGAACCAUCUUGGUCACUUUCUUCUAACUAACCUGCUCCUGGACCGAAUGAAAGAGUGUGGUCCAAGUAGGAUUAUCAAUGUUUCAUCCAUGGCACACAACUUCGGAAACAUUGAUUUUGACUGCCUGAACACCCACAAAGCUCUGGGAUUUGGAACCUCCUCCAUCCAUGUCUUUAAAAUUUACUGCGACAGCAAACUGUGCAACGUUCUCUUCAACCAUGAACUGGCCAAGAGACUGCGGGGAACCAAGGUCACCUGCUACGCGCUUCAUCCAGGGGCCAUAAGUUCAGAGCUGGGUAGGAACACAAGUUUAUUUCUACAAGUCAUCCUUAAACCCAUCACCACGUUCUUCUUCAAGAACACUGUCCAGGGAUGCCAGACCACCCUCCACUGUGCCCUACAGGAAGGCAUUGAACCUCUCAGUGGACGAUACUUCUCUAACUGCACUGUUAGGAACCUCUUUGCUAAAGCCAGAGAUGACGCUGCUGCAAGAAAGCUUUGGGAGAUUAGCGAGAGAUUCUGUGACCUUCCCUAAAGCAAAAAGAAAAGCCUGCAUUUAAACUAUGACACGAACUAUUUUCGGUUAGCUCUUAAUAGCACCAGUUGUUCUUCAUAGUCUUGAUAAAUUAAGCUAAAUGAAAACCUAGGUUCAAAACUAAGCAAUGGAGAGUAGAAAGAGAGAAAUAUUACGAUCUAUCCCCAAAUGUAUGAGAAUUAAACUACUUGAAAGAACUCCUCUGAAGAGAUGAGGGGUCUUUCUCAGCUACUAGGAUGUAGGAAUUUUCACCACAGUGUUGAGACGUGAUUUAAAUGUGAACUGAAUAAACUUUCUUAUGUAACUUGGUUAGAUGUAAAGAUAUUUAAUGACUGUCUAACCGCUUUGUGUUCAUCACAUUUUAAAUGUAUUAUUUCUGUUAUAAUCAUUCCUAAUGAAUUAUCAUUGGACAAGGCUGUCUAAGUAAGUUUGAAAAAGAGAAGAAAAACAUUAAUGGAAAAUAACUUGGAAGGACAUUUCUCUUCAGUGGUUUCUGGUUUCACGGGUUUGGUGGGGUAACAGGAUGGGUGGGGUGGCAGCGACUCAACAGCCAGUUUUUAACGAGUGAUGUCAGAGAACAUGCUUCAGUAGACAUUUCAAGUUACAUCAUUAGGAAGAUUUAUGCUUUAUAAUGCAGCUGUAUAUAUGGGUGGCUGUGCUAUCAUUAUUUUCAGGUAAAUACUAAGAGAAUAUUUAAAUUAGCAUCUGAGGUUAUUUUUGCUUUGAUGUGUUUUAGUUUAACUUUAAAUUGAAACAUUAUGUAACAAAUGCUUUGGUGCUUAUAACUCCUAAAAUCACUCCUAAAAUCCUAAAUUUAAUCUUGAUAUUAAAAUAAAUGUAGGACACCAACACUAUGGAAAAUAAUGUUGAGUUAGAAAGUAAGUAGUUAAGAAACUCCCACUGGAAAAGUACUGCAAUGAUGCUGAUCCAAGUUAUUUAACCUUAGAUGAAGCUUCUCAUUUCUCAGUUAUUCAAAAAUUUUUAUUUGAUUUUCACAUGAGAAGAUAACAAGUGGGGUUUACAGUAGGAGAGACUGGUUUUAGUAUAAUAAUUUCUUUUUAUAAUUUUUAGAAUAAGUAGCCUACUUCUAGGAUUUAGUCUCAGCUUAACUAAGAGAUUUGUUUUCCCUCUUUACAAAAUGACUUUUAAAGUGGUUUUAUCUUUAAUGACUGAUCUGGUUUCAUUUAUUUGAUUGAGUUUCUGUAGCCUGUAUGAAAAUAUUGAGUGGUCAAAAAAGGAUCUUGCAGGAAGAGAACUGGCUCUACACAAAGACAUUUUAA